GAGCCUCGGCCGCGCCCAAUCAGGUGGCUGCGCGGCGGGUGCGGGUCGGCGCCUUCGGGGCGAGGGCAGCGUGGCGGCGCCGGGUGGAGCGGCGCGGCUCGCGGCAGCAUGAGCCUGGCCUUGAGAAAUGAGCUUUCAGUAGACAAAACUAAAAAGAAAAAAAGAAGAGAACUGACCGAGGAACAGAAGCAAGAAAUUAAAGAUGCCUUUGAGUUGUUUGAUACAGAUAAAGAUAAUGCAAUAAAUUACCAUGAAUUGAAGGUGGCAAUGAGGGCCUUGGGUUUUGAUGUGAAAAAAGCGGAUGUCCUGAAAAUACUUAAAGAUUAUGAUCGAGAAGCAACUGGCAAGAUCACCUUUGAAGACUUUAAUGAAGUUGUGACUGAUUGGAUAUUGGACAGAGACCCACAAGAAGAAAUACUCAAGGCAUUCAAAUUGUUUGAUGAUGAUGACUCUGGUAAAAUAAGUCUGAGAAACCUGCGCCGGGUUGCUAGAGAAUUGGGUGAAAAUAUGUCUGAUGAAGAACUACGGGCUAUGAUUGAAGAAUUUGAUAAGGAUGGAGAUGGAGAAAUCAACCAAGAAGAGUUCAUUGCUAUUAUGACUGGAGAUAUUUAGCAGCAGCAAAAAAUAGAUGAACUCAACACAAAAGGGGGAAUCGUUGACAGCUUCCGUUACAGCAUUUUGAACUUCCAUUCAUUUCUGUAUCUGGAGUCAUGCAGAAAAUUGCUUUCCGCACAGGACCAAAAUAGAGACAGGUUUUAUGCACUGAUAGCUCACUAUUUUGUAUCACUGAAUAUGAUCGCUAAUUGAUGUAUCAUUUUAGAAGAACUAUGUAAUGCUGCAUUUCAGAAUGUUUAAGUACUCAUUUGUAAAAUAGCUUUGUAUAGGAUUUCUAAAUUGUAUUAUAAGAACCUUUUAAGGUUGACUUUGUGUUAGCAUUAGCUGUGGCCUUAGUUUUGAUACAUAAGGUUUGACAAACUUCCAUUUUAAUAAAAUGCUCUUUACUA